AUGUACUCCUCUCCUCCUGACACCUCCUCUCCUCCGUCUGCACCCUGUGUAACUCUCUCCUCCGUCUGCACCUGUGUACUCUCGUCCCCCCGUUGCACCUGUGUACUCACGCCCCGUCUCACCUGUGCUGCAUCUCACCCCCGUUGCACCUGUGGGUACCUCUCCUCCGCUGCACCUUGUACGCUCUCCCCCGCUGCACCUGUGUACCUCUCUCCCCCGUCUGCACCUGUGUACGACUCUCCUCCGUCUGCACUAGGACUCUCUCCUCUGACAACCUCUCUACCUCCUUCUGCAACCUUGUACUCUCUCCACCUGUCUGCACAUGUGGUACGUCCUCUCCCCGACUGCACCUGUGUACACUGCCUCCCCCGUCUGCACACUGUGUACUCCUUUCGCCCCGCUGCAACCUGUUGUACUCUCUCCUCCGUCCUGCACCUGUGA